UCCAGCCGCAACACUGCAGCAAUGGCAGGAAAUGUGCUGCUCGCCGUGCUGUCCGUCGCUGCGCUGCUGACGUCCGCUCAUGGGACGAACCUCUCGCUUAACAAGCAAGUGAAGGGCAACUAUCCGGCUUGUUCAGUCCCGUCUGGUCCCUUCGUAAACCCUACCGACUGCACAACGUACUACCAAUGCAUUGGGGAUGGCAUCGUCUUAGUGCGGCCCUGCCCAUCUGGACUCCACUUCAACCGCAAAACCGCCCAGUGCGAUUACCCAGAGAAUGCUAAGUGUGAAGUAUCCUCUUCUUCUGACGGAGCGGGCACAUCAGCCAACAAUGAGACACCCAGUGGCUCUUCUUCUUUACCUGAAUGUCCUUACCCUGCUGAUCCAAAUGUUGUUGUCCAUUUUCCCAAUCCUGAGGACUGCAGCAGCUUCUAUAAGUGUGGUCUCGAUGGAAAACCGGUGUUGAUACCCUGCCCAGCAGGUCUCGAGUGGAAUGACGAAGCAGACGCCUGCGACUACCCCGAAUCUGCCGGCUGCAGCGUCUCUUCUGGUGGCAGUGGCAGUGGGGGCAAACCAGCCGGUAACUCUAAUACUCCUCCACCUGAAUGUCCCUUUCCCGCCGAUCCAGUGAAUGUUGUACAGUUUCCCAACCCUGACAACUGCAGCACCUUCUACAAGUGUAGCCUCGAAGGAGAACCUGUCCUGAUUGCGUGUCCAGAAGGUCUAGAAUACAAUGCUGAGGCUCAGGUGUGUGACUACCCUGCGUCUGCUGGCUGCAGCGUCUCUUCUGGUAAAAGUGGCAGCGCAAGCAAACUAACAAGAAGGUCAAAUACUCCGCCACCUGAAUGCCCCUUCCCCGCCGAUCCAGAGAAUGUCGUGCAGUUUCCAAACCCUGAUGACUGCAGUACCUUCUACAAGUGCGACCUCGAUGGAACUGCAGUGCUGCAAGAUUGCCCAGCUGGCCUCGAAUACAAUGCUGAGACUCAGGUGUGUGACUACCCUGCGUCUGCUGGCUGCAGCGUCUCUUCUGGUAAAAGUGGCAGCGCAAGCAAACUAACCAGGUCAAAUACCCCUCCACCUGAAUGCCCCUUCCCCGCCGAUCCAGUAAAUGUUGUACAGUUUCCCAACCCUGACAACUGCAGCACCUUCUACAAGUGUAGCCUCGAAGGAGAACCUGUCCUGAUCGCGUGUCCAGAAGGCCUCGAGUACAAUGCUGAGGCUCAGGUGUGUGACUACCCUGCGUCUGCUGGCUGCAGCGUCUCUUCUGGUAAAAGUGACAGUGCAGGCAAACUCACCAGGUCAAAUACCCCUCCACCUGAAUGCCCCUUCCCCGCCGAUCCAGUAAAUGUUGUACAGUUUCCCAAUCCUGACAACUGCAGCACCUUCUACAAGUGCAGCCUCGACGGAGAACCUGUCCUGAUCGCAUGUCCAGAAGGACUCGAGUACAAUGCUGAGGCUCAGGUGUGUGACUACCCUGCAUCUGCUGGCUGCAGCGUCUCUUCUGGUAACAGUGGCAGCGCAAGCAAACCAGCUGGGACAUCAAACACUCCUCCACCUGAAUGUCCCUACCCUGCUGACCCUAAUGUUGUAGUCCAUUUCCCCAACCCCGAUGAUUGUAGCUCCUUCUACAAGUGCGGCCUCGAUGGAAUACCUGUGCUGAUCCCCUGCCCAGAUGGCCUCGAGUGGAAUGACGAAGCAGAUUAUUGUGACUACCCCGAAUCUGCUGGCUGCAGCGUCUCUUCUGGUAACAGUGGUAGUGUGGGCAUACCAGCCGGAAACUCGAAGACUCCGCCACCUGAAUGUCCCUCUCCCGCCGACCCAGAAAAUGUCGUGCAGUUUCCAAACCCUGAUGACUGCAGUACCUUCUACAAGUGCGACCUCGAUGGAACUGCAGUGCUGCAAGAUUGCCCACCUGGCCUCGAAUACAAUGCUGAGACUCAGGUGUGUGACUACCCUGCGUCUGCUGGCUGUAGCGUCUCUUCUGGUAAAAGUGACAGUGCAAGCAAACUCACCAGGUCAAAUACCCCUCCACCCGAAUGCCCCUUCCCCGCCGAUCCAGUAAAUGUUGUACAGUUUCCCAAUCCUGACAACUGCAGCACCUUCUACAAGUGCAGCCUCGACGGAGAACCUGUCCUGAUCGCAUGUCCAGAAGGCCUCGAGUACAAUGCUGAGGCUCAGGUGUGUGACUACCCUGCAUCUGCUGGCUGCAGCGUCUCUUCUGGUAACAGUGGCAGCGCAAGCAAACCAGCUGGGACAUCAAACACUCCUCCACCUGAAUGUCCCUACCCUGCUGACCCUAAUGUUGUAGUCCAUUUCCCCAACCCCGAUGAUUGUAGCUCCUUCUACAAGUGCGGCCUCGAUGGAAUACCCGUGCUGAUCCCCUGCCCAGAUGGCCUCGAGUGGAAUGACGAAGCAGAUUAUUGUGACUACCCCGAAUCUGCUGGCUGCAGCGUCUCUUCUGGUAACAGUGGUAGCGUGGGCAUACCAGCCGGAAACUCGAAGACUCCGCCACCUGAAUGUCCCUCUCCCGCCGACCCAGAAAAUGUCGUGCAGUUUCCAAACCCUGAUGACUGCAGUACCUUCUACAAGUGCGACCUCGAUGGAACUGCAGUGCUGCAAGAUUGCCCACCUGGCCUCGAAUACAAUGCUGAGGCUCAGGUGUGUGACUACCCUGCGUCUGCUGGCUGCUCUGUAGCCAAGAAAUGAAUCUGUAAAAGCUGUUAUUUUCUGUGAUACCACAUGCUGACUUUUCUUUGGGGUACUAUUUUAUGAAUAAAAUAAAUUGUUUGACGCAUUCA